UAUAUAAUAGGCAUACUUCACUGUCAACCAUGAUUGCUUUGUUAGUACCGGUACUAGCGUUUGUUGCUGUAUCUACAGCCCAGGAUCCACCAAGAUGUUGUAUUGAUAAAGAAUUUGAAGCGUAUCUUGAUGAAGCUGGUAGUUUCGUUAGUGCUCAAGACAAGGAAUUUCAUCCUUUAAAGGGUUACACCACAGUUGCUUAUGAUUAUUAUGCCAAGAAAAUGGCUUUACGAGUUCAUAAUACCUUUGAAAACGGAACAGAAAUUGCUGGAACCCUUAUCUUUGAUUACGAAAAUAAAUUGGAAUACGCUAUCUAUAACAGAAAAUGCACCAUCCAUAAAUAUCCAUUACAAAUGAGAGAGCCUUGUAUACCAGACAACGCUACCUAUGAAGGAAAAUUAACUAUGGGGUAUGGAGCUCACGUUUUACAGCUAAAUACCUGGAAAUAUAUACAACCAAAAACACAUUUCCCAGUAAAAUUGUCUGUUUCCGUUGACGGUUGUGUACCAGUUGUAGAAUCUAUCUACAUGACUGGUUCCAAAUCUAAAUCAGAAAUUGUAUAUAUUAUAAGUAACUUUCAUGCUGGUAUUAAAAAUAGAAAGAGAUUUACCAUCCCUAAUUCUUGUCACGGUGUCAAUGUUAAGGAAACGACACUAGUUGGAUAAAUAUGUUGGGAGCUAGGUUGACGUAUAGAAUAAAACUGUUUUGAAUA